AUGGCUACAUCAACACGUGCUUCAGAAUCUACACCAUCAGAUCACCUAAAUGCCAUUAUUACCAAAACUUCUCAAGAAAUUCCAGUGACAAAGAUUAAAGAAGGAAAACGGAAGACGAAUAGUGGGGACAAUCGUGCAGCAAUAAAGAAACAAAAAACCGUGAAAGAGCAAAAGACUGUGAAAGAUAUAUUGAAGGAGUUGCCUUCAAUAAACACUAGAUCGACACCUGGAUUGAUGACAGAUGUUGUAAGUUCUUUGACAUCAGAACAAAAAGAUUGGGUGAAACGGAUGGGAUUUAAAGCCUUUUUGAAGAUCAACAUUAAGAGUAUUCCCUUAAAACUUUGCCAUUUUGUGCUUAAUCAUUAUGAUGAAGGCACAAACAGUAUUCUGAUUAAAGGAAAAAGAAUAAAGAUCACAAAGGAAAAAAUUCAUAAAGUGUUUGGUUUACCCAAAACUGGAAAAAGCUUAUUUGAUUUGGACAAGGUUAGUGAAGAUCAUCAAGUGUUUGAUGGAUGGAUGAAUGAACUUGAAGACAGAAAGGCAAAUGCAACAAACUACAAGAAGAUUAUUCAAAAAUCCGAACAAGUGGAUAUGAAUUUCAAGCUGGGUUUCAUAGCUUUAUUUGUUAAUACGUUUGCAGAAUCCCUUCCUAUGGGGACAAACAACUUAGUUCCAGUUAGAGCACUUGUUGAAGUAGAUGAAAUUUCUAAAAUCGAUUGGUGUGCAUAUUUGUUGUACUGUGUGAAAAAUUCAAAAGGGAGAUGGCAUCCAGACAACCCCAAGUGUUAUUAUAUAGGCCUGAUGUUGUUGCUAUCGCUAAUUUACUGUGAUGAUAUUGAAUGCAAGCUCCAAAAAAUAGAACGUAAAACACCAUUAGUUACGAUGUGGAUAGCAGAUAAGUUGAAGGAAAGACAAUCUUUUGAGAUUGAAGCUGGUGGAUUUGGGGUUGGGAAUCUAAUCGAACAAAGUUCAAAUUUAGAACUUGAGAAGAAUGAAAAUCAGAAUGUUCUUUUGAUUCAGGUUCUAAUAAGAUGUGCACAUGAGAAAAAUAGAAUGGAGGUACUUUUUGAAACAAAUACGGGAGAGAUUAUGCAUAAACAUGAUUUUGAGAGCAUGUGGCCUGAACAUGUUAUACAUCAUCGUGUGAUUGAUUCUUGGGCUGCUGUUCUAAAUUACGAGGAACAAAAAUCAAAAAGUAAACCAUACCGCCUGUUCUUCAAUACCAAAAUUAUGAGUUCUGAGUUGUUAGAUGAAACUAAAUCUUUUGACGAGCGUUUUUUAACUUUUGAGACUCGUGUUGAUAAGUUUCUAUCUAAUUUCAAGGCAAAUGUAGAUUUCAAUGAUCUUAAACUCGUGGUUUUCCCAAUACAUAACGGUGAUCAGAUGUAUGCUGUUGUUUUCAACCUAACAUAUCCACAAGUUUAUAUUAUAGACAGCAUACAAACAAAAUCGUUAGAAGAAACUUAUGGAAUGACACCAACAUCAUUAAAAUUGUACUUUAUACGAUAUUUGGAGAAAACUACAUUUAUCGUCAAUAAAAUCGAAGGUUUGCGAUCAACAACAGUGAAGAUGAUGAAAAUUGACUGGAACACAAAGACGUUGACAACAGAGAAUGGAGCACUUUUAAUGAGACAUAUGGAAAAAUAUUGUGGAGAAAAGCAAGGAAAGUGGAAUGUGGAAAUGGAAAAAGGCAGUGAUGUGCAAGAUGUUCAAUUUGUAAAAUUACGUGCCUUAUAUUUUGUUAACAUUGCUACACAUGAAAUCAACAACCACAAGGAGAGAGUUAUCAAAGAGGCAAUCGAAUUUGGAAAAUUUGAUCAUGCGACUAGAAAAAAGAUGUUAGAGGAAGGUAUCCAAAGCAUGGAUGAAUUGGAAAUGGGUAGUAAAUAG